AUGGCGUUGGGUUACAAUAUAGAAAUGCACGUUUUGGAUCAUUGGGAUAAUCGGGCUCGUCGUCAAUUGGGUCACCGGGUUAAAUUGCUUGGGUUAAAUGGGUUGUGUGGUUUUAAUUUCUUGGGUCUUCGUUUAUUGGGAACAAGCGUUGAUGGUAUUUUAUAUGUUUCAGCUGUCAUUGGAGGUGCAGUGGUUGGACUUCUCUGUGCCAUCCUCGUAGUGAUGUUUAUUGUGUACAGAAUGCGCAAAAAAGAUGAGGGCUCGUACGCACUGGACGAACCCAGGCGUUCACCAGCAGCAAAUUCCUACCCUAAGCCUGGUGCAACUCAACAAAACCGCGAGUUCUACGCUUGAGGAGGCAGACAAAACUUUUUCUCUUUGCCACCUGGUAGACCAUCACCAUUGACAUAAGUAUUGCAGGCAGUUAAAAGGCCUCUAAUGCUUUCUUGAAACUUGAGCCUCAUCAAGCAGAACUUGAAGCUUGGAGACACAUAGCUCUAGCUCUACCCAUUCGACAAAAAAAAAUUCUCAUAGUAGUUCUUUUAUACCCGAAACGAUUGGAUCUACAGGCCAUGAAGUAAAAAAUAGUAUUUUUUUCUCACAAAAAUUUUAUAACCGUAAACAUUAAACUAAGGGAAAUAUUUUUUAUGGUUCAAAAUUGAAUGUUGACUACAUUUCAUAUGCAAUACACUCAAAUUCAGGGGUUCCAUGAAUCCAGAUGAAAGGUCCACAAUAACUAUGCAAAAUACAAGUCUCUUUGCCCAUUCUCUUAGAAUAACAGAACCACUAAUUUUAACCACUGUUAUCCAAAUUUUUCCUGGUCCUAAAUAAUUGUCAACUGUUCAGAAGGAAGUGGAAGAAAAGAGAAUUAAAAAGAAGAGAACUGUGACUGUAGGCUACGGGUCAAAGCUUGUUUUAAAAUGUUUAUCAGACACUAUAGAUACAGUGGAAAACAAGAAAAACAUAAGAUUUUUCCAUCUUUGGUUCACACGCAUGUGUAAAAAAAGUCACGUCUUGCUGGACCAUCAUUCAACUGUUAUAAAGCACAACGUCAAAAUUUCAAGGAGUAUUGACAUACUCAGGUUUUAUUAUAACUCUUUGAAUAAAACGUUAGUUUACUAGUCUUCAAA